AGCUUGGAAGAUUGCUAAAAGCAAAUUCUGGAGAAAGGAAGGGUACAGUGACAGAGAAAAUAGGGUGCAGGAGAAUCUAACUCCCAAACUUAGCAAUGCUUAGGUGCGUUUUUCAUAUAUUUGCGUAAUCAUGGGAUUAGAGAGACCGUCAUCAUUACCAUCAUCAGAAAAAUCGAGAGCCAUGUUCAUUGUCUUUUAUAUAUUCUCACUCUGCGUUGUCCUCUGUGCGUUUACUACAUUCAUUACUCCCUCUUCACUUUCUUCACCAUAUAUUAGGAACUCAAAACCUGGAAAACUAGGGCAAUCCUAUUCACAGGAGGAGGGGAAGCGUACAAUGGUGAUGAUAAAGAAGAUGAAGAAGACUGAUGACCGGAGCAAUGCAGCUGGGAUACGAAGGACUUUGAGGGGGCUGGGAUCAUCUCCACCACGGUGCUCGUCCAAGUGUGAAAGAUGCACGCCGUGCAAGCCUGUGCACGUCCCGGUGCCUCCGGGCACGCCUGUCACCGCCGAAUACUACCCUGAAGCUUGGAGGUGCAAGUGCGGCAACAAGUUGUACAUGCCAUGAUCUUUUUAUAUAAUAUAAUAUAUAUAUACUCAUGUAUACGUUAUAUAUAUGAUUUCUAUGCUGGUUAAUUAAUGGUCUGUCUUAUGUCUCUACUUUUAUAUAUUACUAAACAUGAUUCGAAGACAAACCACUGCAUGAAUUUUUUGAU